GGAUUAGAGAAAGUAUUUCCACGAACUCGUCGCCCCGCCCUCGUUCCUAAGAAGCGCUCCCAAGUUUGAGCCCGGGCACUGACUUUACGCACAAGUUUCCCGGUGGAGUUCAGCGGCACCGUGAGGCGAGAGACACGAGGCAGCAUGAGGCUUCAAAAGAGAUUUCUAUACAUGCUGUUUCUUUACUUGGAUGUGUCCUAUGCUCAGAGAGACUGCACUGGUGAGGACUGUCCCGUAUUACAACACUGUAUUGAGACCACAUUGCAGAAAGGAGCCUGUUGCCCCACCUGCUCACAGAGGGGCUGCACCUGUGAGGGCUAUCAGUACUACGACUGUGUCCAGGCAGGCUUCCGACGCGGGAAAGUCCCAGAAGGAGAAUCUUACUUUGUAGAUUUCGGAAGUACAGAAUGCUCCUGUCCCAGAGGUGGAGGGAACAUCAGCUGCCACUUUAUACCUUGUCCUGAAAUCCCUCCAAACUGCGUAGACAUUUUACAACCCCAAGACGGGUGCCCUCAGUGUGGUAAGAUUGGAUGUGUGCAUGGCAACAAAAAAUAUGACGCGGGGCAUUCAUUUCAGAUUGAAAGCUGUCAAGUUUGUCACUGUCCAAAUGAAGGAGGGAGUUUGAUGUGCUCUAUCGUCCCUGGUUGUGUGAAGGAAAACAAUGGCCCUUUGAGAGGCGUUAGUCAGACAGAUCGUGGUGAAUCUGCAUCCAAUUUUGGAAACACACUACCUUUGUACAAGCCAGACCCACCCAAUUCUGGCACCAGCGGUUCUGACUACACAUUGGCACAGCCUAUGUCUUCCACUCAAAACCUGGAACAACCACUGGAAUCUACUACAUUACCACCAACUCACCAAGAGUCAACCUCCAAUUCGCAUGACGAGCGGAGACAUGAACCCGAGCAGACACAUGGCAGGCAUAAUCCAGAGCAAAGUGGCCAGGCAAAAGUAUCACAUAACACAAAUCCAACAGUUAGCGAGGCCCAGAAAGAGUCACUUCAAACAGGCCAAACCUCACAGCUGAAGACCACAGUCAGCCACAGACCUCAGCAAAGUGUAGAUAGGACUAUAAGACAUAACACUGAAAGAAGCAACUCUACACGUGCACAUAAGGCUAGCAGGAAUGCUGCCAAACACCAAAAACAUAGCCAAAAUGGACACCAAUCUGUCAAGAACCAAGAACAAGAGGAAAGGCCCUAUCCUGUAAUACAGUUUAGCCCCACCAGUAAACCUCCCAUUCGGAUGAGGGACUUUGGAGAGCAGCCAAGAAGACUGGCCCAGACACUUCUCACCCAUCAGGAUGCAGAAGUGUCUUCUGAGGAGCUGCUGAGGAGCUGCUGUGAGACUGGAGAGAAAUGGGCCUCAAUGAAAGGACAUUGUAACAGCAUGGAGCCUCCCACUCUAGACCGCCACUCCAUCUGCUGGACAUCCCAACAGCAGUGCUGCCUGGGCUCCCUCCGAGAACAGCAGUGUCUGUCCGGACUGAAGGCAGCCACGGCUGGAGCCUCAUGUGAAAAGGACUCCACUGAUAAAUGUGCAAUCAAUUCUUUCAAGGAGUGCUGCGGCUGCUGCUCUCUGGGCCUGCAUUUCCGCGCAGAGGGUUUGAACUGUGAAGCCCACCCCUCUCUGGGCUUCCACUGCAGACACAUAUUCAUGACCUGCUGUGAGGGGGACGAGGGGGAGGGGGACGAGGGUCGUAACGCCUGGCACCCGGUCAGAGAAAGACCUGCUUUAGACCCCACUGUGCCGCCCAAAAGAGUGUCUGACAGUCCGGCAUUCCCCCAAGAGGCCUUCUCUCUGGGGCAGGAGGGUGAGAACACGGUGGAGAGUCCUGUGGAGGUGGAGGACAUGGACGAGUGCCUGAUCUACGAAGGAAGGAUCUGUGAUCACAAAUGUGUCAACACACUGGGCUCCUUUCGCUGCGAGUGUUUACCCGGAUAUACGCUACAGGAUGAUGCCUUCACCUGUGCUAUAGAGACUAUACAAGAUCAGAACAGACUGAAGGAGCAUGAGAGAGAGCUGACGGUAACCCAACCACUCAUCGAGCCCUCUGUCCCAAACCCAUGUGAAGAAAACAACCCCUGUGAACAACAGUGCACUCCGGUGGGCGGACAGCCUCAGUGCUCCUGUUUCACUGGUUUUGCUCUGGCAACCAAUGGAAUCGCCUGUGAAGACAUAAAUGAAUGCCUGUCGGCGCAGGCCUGCCAGCUGAAUGAGCGCUGUGUGAAUACUGCAGGGAGUUACAUCUGUCAGCAGCUCAUCACGUGUCCCACAGGAUACCACAUCCACAACAACAUGUGUGAGGAUUUAAAUGAGUGUGUCCAGGGGAGCCAUAACUGUGGUCCUGACUUUGACUGUGUGAACACAAUGGGCUCAUUCAGGUGCAACCCCAAACCUCGCUGUGCCACUGGCUUAAGCAGAGACUUGAAUGGAAAAUGUGCAGAUGUUGAUGAGUGUUCUUUGAGCCAGCCAUGUGGUCCCAGCUUCAACUGCAUCAACACAGUGGGGUCCUAUGUGUGCAAUAGAAAGAUUAUCUGCAGUCGUGGCUAUCACUCCAGUCCAGAUGGUUCGAGAUGCAUUGAUGUGGAUGAGUGUCAGAGUGGCCUGCACAGAUGUGGUGAGGGUCAACUCUGUCACAAUAUGGCCGGCUCUUAUCGCUGUGAAUGCCAGACGGGCUACCAGUAUGACUCAUUCAGGAGGAUGUGUGUAGAUAUAAAUGAGUGCUGGCGUUACCCGGGCCGUCUGUGUGCUCAGACCUGUGAGAACACCCCGGGGUCCUACCACUGUUCCUGUGCUGUGGGCUUCCGCUUAUCCAGCGACGCCAAGAACUGCGAAGAUGUGAAUGAGUGUCUGUCCAGCCCAUGUGGUCAGGAGUGCUCUAACUUGUACGGCUCAUACCAGUGUUACUGCAACCAGGGCUACUUCCUCAGAGAAGAUGGACACUCCUGUGAUGACAUUGAUGAGUGUUCGCAGAGCAUUGGCCAUUUGUGCACCUAUAAGUGUGUGAAUGUGGCGGGCAGUUAUCAGUGUGCCUGUCCUGAAUAUGGAUAUACCAUGUCUCCAAAUGGACGCUCCUGCAGAGAUAUUGAUGAGUGCACCACUGGAACCCACAAUUGUUCUCUGUCUGAGACGUGCUACAAUAUUCAGGGGGGAUACCGCUGCCUCUCCUUUGACUGUCCGUCCAACUACAGAAAAGUGUCUGACACCCGUUGUGAGCGUAUGAGCUGUCCCACCUACCUGGACUGCCAGACCUCUCCUCUACGCAUCACCUACUACUACCUCAGCUUCCAGGCAAACAUUGUCAUUCCGGCUCAGAUUUUCCGAAUCGGACCAUCCCCUGCUUAUUCUGGGGAUAAUGUCAUUGUCAGCAUCACCCAGGGCAAUGACGAGAACUACUUUAGCACCCGCAAACUCAACACCUACACGGGUGCAGUCUACCUUCACAGACAGGUGCAGGGACCCAGGGACUUCCUUGUUACCGUGGAGAUGAAAUUGUGGCGUCAAGGGACAUUUACCACAUUUCAGGCCCGUAUCUACGUCUUUAUCACAGGAACAUUGCUCUAACAGCUCUGAAGAUAUAGACACUAAGGACAAUAUAGUAAUGCAGACUUUUCACUAUAUCCAAAUUCUACCACUAAUCAAAGCAUAUGCUUGUGAUUGUAUUUUUGUAUGUACAAUAUGUCCUUACUACAGAAAUUAUACACACAUUUCUUUUUAGGAUAUAAUUUUAAAACUGAUCAAAUAGGGUUGGGCGAUACGGACAAAAGUAUAUAUCCCAAUUAUAAAUUUUCACAUCUCAAUAUAUGAAAUGACUGAAUAUAUCUGUAUCUUUUUUAUACAAAAAGGUUCUAGUGUAAAGCCCAGAGUGAGUGAUGGUAGAGAGACAGAUUGGGAGAGGCGGGGAAACUAAGCCAAACAUUAAAAUAUCUUAAUACAAUAUGCCCAAAUUAAUAUCUUGGAAGAAAAUAAUCUCAAACAAAUGAAUUAAACUUAGAAAUUAGACAAACUGUUAUAGCCUGUUAUAAAAUAGUUGCAUGAAAAUUAGCUAACCUUAUUUUAGUAUUUGACACUGUUGAAUUAUGUCCCUUUGUCGUUUCUGUUUAUUUUCCAUUUGUGUAUAUUUUAUUGACCUGUGGUAAAAACCAAAAGCCACUGCAUCUGACAAAUAUGCUUUUUAUGUAUUUAUGUGACAUUACUGAAGUGUAUUAUGCCACCCACGUUUGUGUAUUUUAUGUCUGUCUUAACUUUAUACUUGGAUGUAAUAUAUUUGUACGACCUAUAAACUUGAACAUAUU